AUGGCGUCCUUACCAGUUCGAAAGAAUGUCACUUUAUCUAAAAGUACUCGUCAGCCGCAAUCAGCUCUUCAGAUUUUGCUCCAAAUGGGUUUUCCGAAGCAUAGGGCUGAAAAAGCAUUAGCUGCUACUGGUGACAGAGGAGUUCAGCUUGCUACAGACUGGCUGCUUGCACAUUAUAAUGAUACUACGCUGGAUGAUAGCACACCUAGAGAGUACAUUCUGUAUCUGUGUCCGACUGGAGAUCUGCUUGAUCACCUACGUCAGUUCUUCGCCAAAUCUAAAGCCCAAUGUGGUAGGAAUGGAGCUCACAAUUACAUUCCCCACAUUACUCUGUGUUCUUUCUUUCAGGCUCCAGAUGACAGUGUUCCUCAUUUAGUACAUGCACUAAAACAUGUCAUACAGAAAUUGCAGUCAGAAUUACCAGAACAAAUUAGACUAGAGCAUUAUACAUCUACUACAUUUCUUGGACUCUUUGUGUCGGAAGAACAUAAUGACAUUCUGAAGAGAUUAGCUGUUCACUUCAUGAGGGAAGUCUCUGAAUACAGUAUUCAAGUCGAGCCCUAUCUGAAAGCUCUACACAUAACCUUGGCGUAUCAGUUCCAACAGGAUCACUACAAGGAAUUAGAAGAGCUCACACGUACUAUUGACACUAGUGCCUCUGUAGUGUGGGAGCUACGACUUUAUUCACGAGACACUAGAAUAAAAGGAAAUGAGGUUCACAGGGUACUGUACUCCCACUCUCCAGUUGAACCUGAUGAGCUGGAGCUACAUGCAGGUGACUUUGUAUACGUAAAUGGAGACCAACUAAAUAACACUCUAGAUGGUUGGGUAGAAGGAACAUCAUGGUUAACUGGUUGUUCUGGAGUUCUUCCAAAGAACCAUAUAGAAAGAGCAGCUGAAUCUGAUGCUUGGACAUUGCAUAGAUCGGUACCAGUAUUAAGAAACAUUCAACUGGAUGAACUUGAUGAUAGUUACAUCACUCGAAGGCUUCCUAUUCCAUUUUUAAAUGAAUCACCUUCCCCCAGGAUUUCUAGCCAGGAAAAAGGUGACUCCCAACCUGAUAGUCUUGCUUGUUCUCAUAACCAGAGGGAAUCUCUGUAUGAAAAUGUAGACGUGCGUUCUCCAAAAGCAAGCAAAUCAAAAAAGGAAAUAUCCAGAGUGCCGAUAAAAAAAGAAGGUCCUCGUCAACUUUUUAUCAUACGCCAUGCAGAAAGAGUCGACUUCACAUUUGGAGCAUGGAUAUCUGUUUGCUUUGAUAGCUCAGGUAUACAUAUACAAAUAUCUGAUGUUUUAAUAAUGCUAGAUGUUGUAUUUUGUGAAGCUUUGAGAGAUGCUGGAAUUAAUUUUGUAUUAGCCUACAGCUCUCCGUCCCUUCGAUGUGUUCAAACUUGUACAAAUAUUCUUAGAGCUUUAGGUCAGGAUGACAUUCCUAUUCGGGUUGAGCCAGGGCUUUUUGAAUGGCUAGCCUGGUAUCAAGACAGUAUGCCUGCAUGGAUGACUCCUCAAGAAAUGCUUGAGUAUGGGUUUAAUAUCGAUCUUAAUUACAACCCGUUGAUAACGACUGCCGAACUGUGGGAGAAAAAGGAGUCCAGUGAACAGUACUAUAUCAGGAGCUUUUAUAUAACACAAACACUUUUGAAGAGGGCUUCUAGAAAUAUAGGAAACAUACUCUUCACUGGUCAUGCAGCAACUUUGGAUACCUGUUCUCGGCAGCUGGUGGGUCAUUCACCUAGAAAUGCCAAUGACCUUGUUCACCUUGUCCACAAGAUUCCUUACUGUGCUGUAGUUACUGUGGAAGAGAGUAGUGAAGGCAAGUGGACACUGGUCAGCCCUCCUCUUCUACCACUGACUCACACUGGAAACAUUCGCUUUGACUGGAAACAUCUUUUAUGAAGUGUUUACUCAUUUUUCUUUAAUAUUUUGAAAUAGGCUGAAGAAAAGGAAACUUAGACUGUUGUACUUCAAUACAAGCAGGUGUUCCUAUUCCUCCAGACAGUACUUCCUUUUCUGCAUAAAAGCAGAAAGUGAAAUUUUGGGUUAUCAAAAUGUUGGUGUUCGACGCAGAAAUAUGAUCUACUGACUUAUUAUUCAAAAGUUAGUGAAAGGCAUAAUUAGUGCUGACCAUAUGUGGUCACCUGGAAGUUAUGAUUAGGGUUGGCAAAGAUGUGUGGUUAUCCAUUACUUGAAAAAUGUUAACAAGAAAUUACGUUAUAAUUUAUUCAACAUCUUCAGUUGUACGGAAACGUUUAUUAUAUUUAUAGUAUCUGUUACUGUCCAUUAUGGAGAAACCUUGGUUAGAACUGACAGUGUGAAGACAGAUUUCUUUAUGUAUAUGGGUUUAUUACAUGAUUUCUAAGGUUGACAGUAUAUGGAAGCAGCAUAUUUACAAUUGACAGUGUUAUUUCUCUAUGGUUAUCCAGUACUUGGAAGCCAAGAUGGUUUUUGACAGUAUGCUGCAUGUGAUUGACAAAUAUUUGGAAGCAUGAAUUUAAAGUUGACAGUAUUAAUUUUUUCUUUAUUCAGUUUUUAGAAACCAAGGUAAAAAUUGCAUAAAAAUUAGAAGCCAAGAUAAGGAUUAGAUGACAUUAUGAUCUCUAUGGUAACCCAUAAAUUAGAAUCCAUGGUAUGGGUUUACUUUAUGGUCUCUUGGUUGCCCAACAUUUGAAAGCUAAGAUAAAAAGUUGACAGUAUGAUCUCUUUGAUAACCCAGAAAUUGAAAACCAAGGUAGGUAUUGACAGCAGAGUCACUGUGGUUAGCCUGCAUUGAAAGCCAGAUGCAUUGGUUAACAAUAUGAUCUCUGUGGUUCUUCAGUAUUUAGAAGUUGUUGUAAGGGUUGACAAUAUGAUCUCUAUGCUUGCCCAUUAUUUCAAAGCCGUGAUUAUAUUAUAUUUUCUGUAUUCUCCAUUUGUUUCAAAGCAAUAAUCAAGGCUAUCAGUGAUUGUGAAAGCUACGAGUAAGAUUGUUAGUGUUUGUGGACAUAUGUUGUGUAAAAAUUGUGAUGAGGGUUAAUUUGUGUGUGUGUAUGUUACGCAUGUUGUAGAUUUGAGUACAAUUUUUGUUUCACAUUGUGUUUCUCAUUAUUCAUAAGUUAUAUGAAGAUACGUGCUCAUUGUUUACAAGAUAUGAAAAGGGUUUAUUACACAUUGCCUAUCAGAUGUGGAAAAUCAUUUUAAGCUCUUAUUGUUUUGCACUGUGCAUGUAUGUACCGUUUAGUCUGUGGUUGUUUGUCCUCCUGUCGGACGGCAGUAAGUUUACGGACUUACAAUGCCAAACUCCAGGAUUAAAUUCCCCACUGUGAACACAGCAGAUGGCCCAAUGUAGUUUUGAUCUAAAGCAAACAAACUGUGGUAGUGUUGCCAGAAAACAGCCAUUUAUCUUUCUAAACACAUCAACUAGUGUUGUAGCGUAAAGAAAUAGUAAAAACAAUCACACUUUUACUUUGUAACUGAAUACAUGCAAAUUAAUUAGCACAGUUUUGACAAUUGAGAUGAAAGUAUAUCAUCGUGUAGCCUGUUACUUGUAUGUUUCAUUAUGGAAAUAGUAAGUUGGAGAAUGGUGGUAAAAUAUUGGAAACAAAGCUUUUGAAAUAUACCUUGUAUUUUUUGGGAUAACAUUUGCUGAUCUUCUUUGAUGCAUAUGUUAUGUUUCAAAUAAAACAAAGUAUGUAAUCUAAGCUAGUUAUAGAAGAAUGCUUCAACUAUAAACAUACUCGGUAUAGUGUCAGCUUUUGCCAUGGCCUAACGAGAAGCGAGUUGAAAUUACACUUUUAGGACAUAUUUUUUCUCUGGAAGUUGUUGGAAAGUCUAUGAAACUUAUUGAGAUAAUAUUUUAUUAACUCACAUUACUGGUGUACUGGGCAUGGUUAAACCUAUGUAAGAUCUAUCAGUGCUUAAUGGGAACAUGUUUUCCCCCAUUUUCAUUUUUAGCUGAUUUUUUAAAAACAAGUAAUAGCAAAAUGUAAUUGUUUGUGAAUUGAUGGUUUUACACCUAAUAAUCAAUGUACGAGUUUUUUAUUUUACUGGAAAGGUUUGCUUGAUUUCCAUCUUUUUUUGUGUGAAUGUGUUUUUUAAACCAUACAUCCAGUAAGUAAACAUUCAUUUGGUUAUUACUGCCAUUGGUAGAACAUGUAGUAAAAGUUUGUCUCUUUGUGGCAUGUGUGUUGGUAACAUGAACUAAUUUAAUAAUCAUACGCUACAGGAGUUUAUAAAAAUAAAUGUCAUUUAUUCACUUUGAAAAGUCUUGGAGCUGUUUCUGGUUAAUAUUUAUAUAGUGAAGAUGAUAGGUUUUCUUUAAAACAAAGCUUCAGGAAAAACCUUAUAAGAAAAAUAUUGCAAGACUCAAAUUCUCAUCAACUGUGGUAGAACAGAAUAAAAGUUUUAAUCUAAUAAAUAUGACGUAGAAGUUAAAAUCAGCUUAUAAUAUUAUCAGUUAUAAUGACUAGGUUUCAUGUUACAUAACAUGGUGCUCCAAUUACCACUUUAGUUUCUAGAUAAGCCAAACAACAACUUAAGCAUACGUGCACUUUCAGUAGAUAAAAACUUAAGCUAAUAGCUUUACUGCACUUUCAUUGCUGUGGCAAUUAUAUAUCUAAAUACAGGAAUAUGUAGAAUGAUGUACAAGACACUGAUCAGCCUUUCUACAUUAUCCACAUUUCCUUCUUCAAGACUGGAAACUGUGUUCAGAUGAAAUAUUCUUUUGAAAGGUGAAAUGUCUGAUGAAAAAAUUUAAAACAUGUAAUAGCAGGAGUUUGGUAAGAUAAGUUUCUUUAUUUGGGUAGUUAAAUUUUAUUUUUGGAGUCUUGUGGUUUUCGGGUAAUACAGAAAAAAUAAUGACUAAACUAGGGACCCAGGUUUUUCUGUUACAUUUUUGGUAGGUUCUUGUUUCACUUGCAUGUCUGGUACCCAAAUUCUGUUAUGAUUAUCAGUCUUGCCUGGUGUCAUUCUGUACAUAGUUUAUGGUAUUUAAUCAAUAUAUAACUUUUUAUUAUUAUCUAAUUGCUUAGCCUCAGUUCAUGGUUAUUAAAAAAACUUUUAUAUCAUUUGUAUUAUUUAUAUAAUUUAACUAUGUUUUAUGUAUUGUAUCCUGUUAAUCUUUUAAAUGUGAGACUUAGGGUGUUUAUUUUCAUAGUAUAUUGUGUCAGACAGUCAACAUUGUUAAAUUUUUAGUUCAUGUAAUGACUUUAGAAUCUUAUAAUUCAUGUGUUUUCUUCUUAUGCCUUAAAGAAUAAAAUAGAAAACUAGAUGGCUUUGAGUUACACUUGACAAAACAGAAACAAUGAAUUGAGAUUUAGUUGAAAAGCAGAAAUUGGAAAAUCUACUAUAGCAUACCAAAAAAGAACUUUUGAACACAAGAAAUUCAGGUGUAGUGAUGUAUUAGUUCAGAUACAGAAUGUAUUGUAUUUUGUUCAG